GUAUAAGAUAAAAAGAAACCACACCUGGUGUCACCUUAUUUUUCUAUAUGUAUACAGCAAAUAUUAUUUUCUAUUUGAAAUAAUAUUGUAUCACAAACAAAUAGCAAAGAACAAGAGAUUUUAAAAUACAUCAUCCAGCUUACAUUCGUAAUAGAAACAUAACAUUUCUCAUACAACAAAAACAUAGAUCACUAGGUCUUAGCAACAAUCCCAUGGUUUAUAUUAUUUCUUUUCUGCAAAUCCUGCAGCCAUUGACUUUCUGCAGGGUGACAACAGCUAGGAAGCCUGCAUCUGAGGUUAGUGACAGAACGGCUCGCCGACGCGCACAGGAGCUGCAGACAGCAAGGCGCCUCAGCAGCGGGGGGGAUGUUCAGCAUCAACUGGCGAGGGAAUUGCAGCUCGUCCCACGGGAGACGCUGAAAGAGAUGCUUCAGCAUCUCAAGCUGACCUUGAUUCGCAUUCCUGACGGACACCUCCUCUCUGCAAAGACAGACUUGAAUAUGACAUGGAGUCAGACAAGGGAGCUGAAAAGGUGGCUGAAAGCGAACAACAUCCAGUGUGAGUCAGAGAUAACAUCAAGAAGAAUUGCAGGGGCCAUGUUGGCGGAGCAAGAAGUCCAAAGUGAACUUUUACCUUUUACGGUAAAAGAUGCUGAUGGCUGCAGGACUGUGGAGCUCCGUCCUGCUGCUGCUGUUACAUCCCUUAAAGCCACUGUCCUGGACUACCUGAAAAGGAGUGCAGAAGAAGGAGACCUAACAUGGCAUGACGGGGCGAUCCCGGAGAACGAGAUCUGGGUCAAGAUCCUAGCCGACCACGGUGGCGAAUCUUUUAAGAAUGCCUUCCAGGUGUUGAACACAAAGCAUCCCAAAACUGUUGUGUUCUCAUUAUUCCGUGCGAAAGACACAAGGGAGAACAUCAUGACGGGCAACGGGCAGAUCGCAGCAGGAAUUGAAGAAUUGAAAGACACAGUAUGGAAGCUACCUGAUGGCCGUGACGCGCGGUUUCGACUCUUCGCCGCGGGAGAUUAUGCCUUACUAUCUACAUGGUAUGGCAUUUCAGGAGCAUGUGGAGUAAGGCCCUGCCUUUACUGUGAAGUCAAGAAGGUGAGCAUGCACCUGCCAAAAGAGGACAGAGAACUACUCAUUUUGAAGAGAACCCUGGAGAGAUUGGACAUGCAGUACCAUGACUUCAUGGAGCGUGGGAAGGGAAACAGGCAGGAAGCAAAGCAUUACAAGAAUGUGAUAGCUCCUGCGAUGUUCAGGAUCCCUAUUGAUCAGGUAUGCAUACCUGGGCUGCAUGUUACCCUUGGGCUCUACAACAAACUGUACGACAGGCUGGAGCAUGAACUCAACGAUUUGGAUGCCAUCAUUGCCACCAACCUUGUGCGCCGUGUGCUGCCAGACCCUGAUGUCGACCAGGCCCAGGUACUCCACCACCAUUCCAUGCACGGUCUCAUCCCGUAUGUGGUUGCUGUAGAGGAGGCAAGGCAAAUUGAUGAAGAAGUUGAAGCGAUCAAAGAGGAGAUUGACGAGUUGGAGAACAACUUAGCAUGGGCCAUGCUUUAUGCAGACACUGAUGUUGCGAGCAUCAUGAGAGUAAAGGAAGAAGUGGACAGGUUGAUGGAGAAAAAGGAGACACUGGAAAGGAAGUCGAAAAAAGUCAAAGAAAAGGGAAAAGUGACAACAACAAAUGGGCCGCUUGCGAAACGCCUGGAUGAGGUCCUGCAGAAGAGACGAGUCCAAAGGCAAGCAUACCAGGGAAAGUCAUUCAUCGGAAAUCAUGUCCAUGCCAUGCUUAAGGAAGACGCCAUUGAAGAUCUGACCAGCAUUGCAAAAGUUGCUGCCGAGGAGAUUGUUACAGAAAUGGAGGGAUUCCCUCUCAUCAUAGUGACCAAGGCACAACAAAUCCACCUUAACUUCAAGAGAAUAAUGAGCCUAUUUGCAGCAUGCUACAAAGGGUACUCUCAUGCCAAUCCCAUGUCUGAGGAUGACAUAUUGGCUCUAGACAGGAACAUCAGAAGCUUUAUUGACACGUUCAGGGAGCUGUUUCCUACAAUGACAUUCCCAAUCAAGCUCCAUCUCUUGGAGGACCACAUGGUGGAGUGGGUCUCCCGGUGGGGAUUUGGCAUUGGUUUCCACGGGGAGCAGGGGAUAGAGAGCACACAUGCGGCAUUCAACCAGAUACAGAGAUCCACAAGUGGCAUUGCAGAUCCUGUUCGACGGCUAAAGGCAACAUUAGAGAACCACCUACUCCGUGUGAGCCCUUCACACCAUGGAGGGGUGCCAGCUCCUAAGCCACGUAACUUUAAAGUAUAAAAAACUAUCAUCUCAGCUCAAUGUUAAAUUCAAGAUAAAAGUUCAUCUGUGUUGGUAGAAAGAAAGACUGUUGAUUGUUCGAAGAAUGUAUACUAGUAUGGCAUUUUCUAAGUAUGUAUAAGAUACGAAAAGGUUUACCAAGCAGCACUAAGAAACACUCCCAAACACGCAUAAGCCAAGCACCAGAGUGUAAACACCAGUUGGGACAGUAAACCAAAUCAGACGACAAACAAGGACAACAACAACUAUCUUGCUCUUAGCAUUAUGAGGGCUGCCGAAUACAAAUAUAAGUCAAAUCUACUUCUGUUCUGUUCUGGUUUGAGUAUUCUGUAGUAUUUAGACAUAUAACUAUUAUAAAAAUAAGUCAAAAUAUUAUGGGAGAUUUGCGCUUGUGUAUAUACU